GCCUGGCCGGAGGAGCAGGGCCUCCCUGAAGCCUGCCCGGAGGACUCGGGCGCGUCCGGCGAGCGGAGUCCACGCGGGUGCACAGUGCAUGCCUGCGUCGGAGAAGCAGAAGACGGAUUUCCGAGGCCGUCGACGUCAGCCUGAGGAGUGGACUUGGCUGUGGCAGGAAUAGGAAAUCGGGUUCAGAAACCACUUCAUCGACUGUCACGCUGCGUCUGCGCACGGUGCCCUGUCGACAGAGGUUUGGGGAAGUCAGAAGGCUGGUGCUGUUUCUAGAAAGCAGAAAGAUGGAAAGUGGUGCAGUUCUGCUGGAAUCCAAAUCCUCACCAUUGAACCUUUUGAAUGAAAUGCAUCAGCUCCGUCUUCUUGGUCACCUGUGUGAUGUGACUGUCAGCGUGGAAUAUCAGGGUGUCCGGGAAGAAUUUAUGGCCCAUAAAGCUGUGCUGGCAGCCACUAGCAAGUUCUUCAAGGAAAUGUUCCUUAAUGAAAAAACCAUGGACGGCACCAGGACUAAUGUCUACUUAAAUGAAGUGCAAGUUGUUGACUUUGCUUCAUUUCUUGAGUUUGUCUACACAGCAAAGGUACAGGUAGAAGAAGAUCGGGUGCAGCGAAUGUUGGAAAUGGCUGAAAAGCUAAAAUGUUUGGACUUGUCGGAGACUUGUUUUCAAUUAAAGAAACAGAUGUUAGAAUCAGUCCUUUUGGAGUUGCAGAAUUUCUCAGAGUCUCAGGAGACAGAAGCAAGCAGUGGCUCCCAAGUCAUCAUUGUUCCUGACCCUAGGACCAAUGCAGCCAUGGACGGGCCUCACUCCAAUGGCCUUCUGGAGUCCUCGGAUUACCCGGUAGAGAGAAUCAGCAAUGGCAUGUUGCCAGCUAUGCCACCGAGGAAGUCCAAGGAGAAACUCGACAAGAAAAAAGAUAUAGUUAAGCCUCUCUACCCUAAAAUCAGGCGAGCCAGUGGAAGGCUGGCUGGAAGAAAGGUGUUUGUAGAAAUCCCUAAAAAGAAAUACACAAGAAGACUCCGAGAGCAGCAGAAGAGUGCUGAGGAUGACAUGGGGGAAUACAAGUGUCCACAAGACCAAAGCCCAGAUAAUGUGGGAACAGAGGUGGAGCCAGUUAUGAAAAAUGUGAAUCCCAAAAACGAGGAGGGCAGUGCCGGUGUUGAGUUGGACAGAGUGCUGCAAAAGGCAGGGGAGGAGGAGGACGAGGAUGAGGAGGACGAGGAGGGGGAUAAGAAGAAGAGCAAUUUUCAAUGCACGACCUGCGAGAAAGCGUUUCUGUAUGAGAAAAGCUUCCUGAAGCACAUCCAGCACCGCCACGGCGUUGCUGCUGAGGUGGUCUACCGCUGCGAUACCUGUGGGCAGACCUUUGCCAACCGCUGCAACCUCAAGGGCCACCAGCGCCACGUGCACAGUAGCGAGCGCCACUUUCCUUGCGAGCUGUGCGGGAAGAAGUUCAAGAGGAAGAAGGACGUGAAGCGGCACGUGCUGCAGGUGCACGAGGGGGGCGGGGAGCGGCACCACUGCCAGCAAUGCGGCAAGGGCCUGAGCUCCAAGGCGGCGCUGCGGCUGCACGAGCGUACACACACCGGGGACAAGCCCUACGGCUGCACCGAGUGCGAGGCCAGGUUCUCGCAGCCCUCAGCCCUCAAGACCCACAUGAGAAUUCAUACAGGGGAAAAACCUUUUGUCUGUGAUGAAUGUGGUGCAAGAUUCACUCAGAACCACAUGCUGAUUUAUCAUAAAAGGUGUCACACAGGUGAAAGACCUUUUAUGUGUGAAACAUGUGGCAAAAGUUUUGCUUCUAAAGAAUAUUUAAAACAUCACAAUAGAAUCCAUACUGGAUCCAAACCCUUUAAAUGUGAAGUUUGUUUCAGGACUUUUGCCCAGCGGAAUUCACUUUACCAGCAUAUUAAAGUCCAUACAGGGGAACGUCCCUACUGUUGUGACCAGUGUGGUAAGCAGUUCACCCAGCUCAACGCCCUCCAGCGCCACCAUCGGAUACACACGGGUGAGAAGCCGUUCAUGUGUAACGCGUGUGGACGGACCUUCACUGACAAGUCCACUCUCCGGCGGCAUACCUAUGGCUCACCCAAGAACAAUGAGGGACACAAGACUGAACAGCCUGAUGAAGAGUAUGUGCCACCUAGACUUCCGGAUAAAUUGCUGUCCUUUGCAGAAAACGGCCAUUUUCAUCACCUGGCCCCAGUCCAAGGCAGCAUACCAGCCGUGCAAGAGAACAGCCCUGCAGAUGUGGCCUGCAAGGCAGACGACUCCAUGGUGCCCCAGGACACUUUGCUUGCCACCACCAUCAGUGACCUCAGUCAGCUGACGCCACAGACAGACUCAGCCCCUCCACAACUUCACUCUCUGACCAACAUGGAGUAAGAGGUUGGCGUUACCUGCUAACUAGGUCCUGUACUGCCAGUCUUUGAGUGUUACAGCAAUACUCAAGGUGAUGCCAGUGACUGUGAAAAAGAAUUGUCCAUGGGCAAAGAAGAUGCGGGCUAGAAUGGCUUCCACAGCUUUUCCUGAAUGUCUGCUAACUUGCACAACUUUAUGAAAGCAUUUUUAAAGCGUUCCCUUAAAAAUCCUGAUGUGCAUGAUCUCAGCUACCCUUUUAUCAACAAAGGAGGCAGUUAACAUAACCUCACUCAAUUCUGGGGUGGAUUGUAUUCAUUUAUCUUUCUAAUGCUUAUCUUGAUGUCUAUGAAGUUUGGACAACUGCUUGAGUUAACUGUAGAGGACAGAGCACUGGUCCAGCUUGUGAACUUGCUAUUACGGUCUCCCUGGUCUCUCACCCUGCCUUAUCCUUCUGUGUAAGUUUAUUUCCCUGAUACUUCUUAAGGUAUUUUUCUACCAUGUCUGAGUCAAGACUGAAGUGAAACUGGGGCUGUGUAUUUCCAGGAUUUUCCCUAUCAAAUUGAAGCAAAUCAGUCUGCUUUGAGGACCCUUAAAUGUGACUGAAGAAAUGGGUUACUGCAUUCCUUUUUUUCUACUAGUUUUAGGCACUAAAAAAGGAAUGGCAAAUUGAAGACUUGCAAAACAGCUCAGGAUAGUCUACUCACAGUACAUAUGCAGGUAGAUUUGUCAUCAAGUCAACCUUUGAAAUAAGGUGUGGCAAUCUGGUUUCAUUCCUAAAAAUCCGAUUAGGUACAGGCAGUCCUACCAAAGACUGUAGCAGCAAAAGUGUAUUUUUUGCAAAGAGGUGUGAAAUAUUAAGAGGCUUCAGGAACAUUUGAAAGCUGUGUAGUCGUAUCAGAAUGAGGUGGUUAUGGCAGAUCUUAGAGCAGAGUAUUGGUAUUUUUGCCAGGUUUUUCUUUUUUUUUGUAAUUUUCAGAGAUCUAGACUUUCUCAUUUCCACAUAUGAAGAUUGACGUAGGUCAGUAAUUGCCACAUAUUUGUUUCCUCGGGGGCAUGUGUGAAUAUGACAGAAGAGCCGGCUCAUCUUUGCGCCUUAAGAGUGACUGUGAAGAAUCAGUAACUUUUGUCUCAAAUGCUCCUUUGGCUGUCUCCUACUGAAAUGAAUUUUCCUCAGAAUGAAUUUGCAUUGAAAAGAUAAUUCUCCUGUAUUUGCUAAGCCUAAUUUUUGGUUCUGUAACUUUGGUCUUUUGCCACAUGCUUGUGAAGCACUUUCAUUCACAUGUAACCCUUGAACAUAUUAAUUUAAAAAAAGAGAACCUUAAAGGACUAGCGUUCUUUUGCUCAUUAGUUGCUUUUGUUUCCUACAUUCUAAUUUAUUAAACUUGCUAUGAAAACA